GAGACCGCUCACCAUCUCCGUGACAAGGCUGCCAAGUACACGCUGGGUCUGCAUCGUGGGCCUCUCCCGCCGCCCAAUGCUACCGGUGAUGACCUCGAGGCGCUCGAGCAGGUCGAGACGGCCAAGACCAUCACCUUGGAGAAGAUUCAACGGACGCCGACGCAGAAGUUGGCUCGUCACUGGAAGCGAUUCUGGUGUUGUUAUCUGUUUUGGAAUGUGAUUUUCCUUGCUAUUUUCCUUCCUAUCUUCUUCCUAAUCUGUAUCCCCGCCAUCUCCCAACGCGUCCUCAAUGACUCCGACCUCGUCCUCGUCAACGCCCAAGUCAUGCAACCUCGUCCCGACUCCAUGAUGCUGAGCCUGCAAUCCGCGCUCAAGCUCCCCAUCGGCGUCCCCGUCCGCAUCGAGCCCAUCACCCUCGAGCUAUUCAACCGCCGCAACCCGGGUAACAACACCUGGGCCAAGGCCUACCUCCCGUCGGCUAUCGUCGACGGGAACACCACCUUGGGAGUAACUAACCAGUUGACGCCGCUGGAUGCGAAGCAGUGGAUGGACUAUGUCAAGAGCGUUGUGUUUGAGAAACACGCGCCGCUUUCGGUGAGGGGUGGGACGAAUUCGUUCCUGGGCAAGUUGAAGUCGUACGUUGUUAUGGAUAAGGAUAUUGAGCAGAAUACCCUGGACGAAUUCGCUGGCUUCGCCAUCAAAGACUCCACCCUUAUACUCCCUCCCAAGGAAGACGGCACGAACCUCAUCGCCAACGCCACGCUUCCCAACCCCUCCGUGCUGACUCUUGAAAUUGGCGACACAAUCCUCGACCUCAAGAGCGGCGACCUCGUCCUCGGCAACGCCACAAUCGACAACCUGGUCCUCAAACCCGGCAACCACUCCAACCCCGUCCACGGCAUCCUGGACCUCAAAACCAUGAUCUCCAACCUGGGCCCCAUCCUCAAGGAGCAAGCGCCCAACCUCAAAAACGGCGUGCUCUCGCUGAAGACGGUGGGUAAGCUUGUCACGUACGAGGGCGUCAAGGUCCCCUACUACACGGACGUUAUGAAGUCGCUGGUCCUCACGGCUGAUGUCCCUGUGGGCGCUUUGCUGGGGAAUACCCUUAAGGGGUUGAUUGGGCCGAAUGGGAGC